AUGGAUAUUAUAAACAGUGCACAAACAGAGUAUAAAAAACUAGAGACGAAAUAUAUUGAUUACUUUCCAAAGCUCAUAGAAAAAAUGGACACGUCAACUUUGCGUGAAGCAAACCAACAAAUAGCUCAAGAUCCUACAAAUGAAGUAGAAGCUGUAAAGCUAAACCUUAUUGAAAUUUCACGGUCUAUCGAGCUUUUAACAUCGCAAGUGAACGACGAUCAUAAAGAGUUUCAAAAAACAAUAUCAAGAUACGAAAAAGUGAUAGAUAAAAAAUGGAAACAAGAUAUCACAAUCGCAAGUAAUCCUGACGCAUUUGUUGAUAAAGAGCAGGUUCUUCAAAGAACCAUAGCUUUGCAUUUUAUACGUCAAGGAAAAUUUAAAUUAGUGGAAACUUUCAUGAAAGAUACGCAAUUAAUGGACAUCACUACUGACUUGCAAGAACAAUUUGACCAUAUGUACAAAAUUUUGGAUGCUAUUAAUAAUUUUAAUUUAGAGCCAGCUCUAAAGUGGGCGAAAUCAAAACGUAAAGAAUUAGAGCAAAGGGGUAGCUCGUUGGAGUUUGAUCUCCAUCGUCUUAACUUCACCAAAUAUCUUGUUAAACAGCAAGACAAAAAGGGAGCUUUAAACUAUGCUAGAUUAAAUUUCAAUUAUUUUAGGACAAGACACAUGCGCGAAAUUGAGCGACUUAUGUGUGCUAUGUUGUACGUUAAUCGUCUAGAAUCAUCUCCAUAUGCGGAUUUGACAUCAGAUGAUGCAUGGACUGAUAUUCAAACAACGUUCACGCGUGAUUUUUGCAAUUUAUUGAAAAUGUCGUGUGAUAGUCCCUUAUAUACAAGUUUAACGGUUGAAGUUCCCCUCACAGAUGAUAUGAGAUUCCAUUCUAUCUUUGCUUGUCCUGUAUCGAAAGAGCAAUCGUCAGAAGAUAACCCCCCUAUGAUGAUGCCAUGCGGACAUGUGAUAUGUAAAGAGAGUUUGAAUAAAUUGAGUAAAGGAAAUGGCCGGUUUAAAUGUCCAUAUUGUCCAAGCGAGUCUACAUCAAAUCAGGCUGUAAAG